CGAACGUGUGGCCCGCCCCUUACAUCCACCACGCCACGAUCGUGCGCCGCGCCGCCUGCUUGCAUUCACUAAAUCUAGAUUAACUUCGAGUUCUAGUGCUAUUGUGGUGAUCUUUGAGGCGGCUUGCUGGUUGAGCUCUUGUACCGCGCAACAUGUGCCGCAGGAAGUGAGCGAGGACAACAGUGCGAGACUAGUUCUGUUGCGAUACUCACAGAAGACUCACUUGCUAGACCGUUACCAGCGUCGCCGCACCAUGGAGUCCGGGACCUACCUCCUCGCCGCUGCUGCCCUCCUUGUCCUCGCGCCGACGAGCGAGGCAGCUCGCGACGCGUCGUGUCCUCGCAUCUGCGGGCCGGCGCUACAGGGGGAGCCCGUCUGUGCCACCGACGGGUACAUCUACCCCUCGCUCUGCGAGAUGAGGAAGAAGACUUGCGGGAAAGGAGUGCGGCUAGCCCCGGACCAGGGCUCAUGUUCCCGCGCGCAGGGCUCCAAGUGUGACCACCGCUGCACGUCGGAGCGGGACCCGGUCUGCGGGACCAACGGACGGACCUACCUCAACCGCUGCAUGCUGCAGGUCGAGAUCUGCAGGCUCGGCAUAGGCCUGUCUCACCUGGGCGCCUGCAACAACAUCAGCGCGCACCGCGAGAACUGCCCCGUCGACUGCUCGCAGGCCCCGCUCGACGGCCCCAUCUGCGGCUCCGACGGCAACGUGUACAAGAGCACGUGCCAGAUGAAGCUGCUCACUUGCGGACAAGGAGUGGUCCGCACCAGCAAGAAGCACUGUCAGACGACCCGCCACUGCCGCGAGUCGUGCUGGCGGGCGGCGCGCCCCACCUGCGGCUCGGACGGGAAGCUCUACGCCAACGCGUGUCGCAUGAAGGCUACUAAUUGCGGCAAGCACGUGUUCGAAGUACCGAUGGCGUUCUGCGUGUCACAAGAGCGCACCUCCGGGGGAGAGUCCUGCUCCACCGACUGCUCCGGAGAGAAAGAGAAACCCGUCUGUGGCUCUGAUGAAAACAUUUACAGGAAUGAAUGCGAGAUGAAGAUGCUAAACUGUGGGAUAAACAACAGGAAGAUGGUGAAGAGGGUGGACAUGGAAAAGUGCAAGUCCAAAAUGAACAAGUGUCUGAAGGUGAAAUGUCCGAGCGACGCGGACCCCGUGUGCGGUACCGACGCUAUCGUCUACGCCAACUCCUGCCACUUGAAGGUCGCCACUUGCUUACGAGGAGUUCAGCUGGCUCACUUCGGAAACUGCACGCUUCUGCCGCGCCUGGAGACCGACUGCCCCGACAACUGCGACAACGUGCUGGAGCAGCCCGUCUGCGGAUCCGACGGAAACGUCUACAGGUCUGAGUGCGAGCUGCGGCGGCUGACGUGCGGGCAGCACGUGGUGGCGGUGGCGGCGUCGCACUGCCGCACCACGGCGCUCUGCCACGAGCACUGCCCCGACACGCCCGCCUUCAUCUGCGGCUCCGACAACCGCUUCUACAAGAACGAGUGCCUCAUGAAGAAGGAGAACUGCGGCAAGCACGUGUUCGUGGUGCCGCUGAAGCGCUGCCUGGCGCGGUUCCAGUACGCGGGCUGCGCGCGCGUGUGCCCGCCGGAGUACGACCCGGUCUGCGGGACUGACGACAAGACCUACUCCAACAAGUGCUUCCUCGAAAUGGAGAAUUGCCGCUCGAGGAGUCUCGUCCAAAUGAAGUACCUGGGGACGUGCUCUGAGCCGAUCGCGGAGGAGCCCAAGAACUAUCUGUAUAGGUAGAGCGUGGAGUCGAGACAGUGAUGCAUUCUUGCUUCAAUAUUGUAAUCGCGUCGUGGGAUAUUCAGUGCCAACUUUACUUCUUGCUACACUUCUAUUUGAAAUAACUCGUCUUCCACUUUAUAAACUUAGAUUUAUUAUGUAAUUAUAAUUACAAAUUUAUUUAUUAAACUCAGAGACGCCGUAGCCUUGCAAGGCUUUGACGGUAUAUGUAUCUGAUAAAUAAACUUUAGAUUAGUAUCACUAAUUGUCUGUACGCAAAUAUGUAUGUAAUGUUCAACUAGCAAACGUGGUUAAAUUAUCAAGUACAAACUAUGUAUUUGAACACAAAGCGUUGUCGACAACAUGGCGGCCGCGUCCCGCAAGCAAGUACCCGCGGAGCGGCGAGCGCGUCAUACUCGACGGUGGGUGACGCGGCGGUGGGGACGCGACAGCGGGUGACGCGCUGGCGGACGCGGGCCACUACAUGGCAAACUAUUUAUUGUGUAGAUUAAGUUAACUCUUUGUAAAUAAUUAGCGAAUUGUUUCUAAAUAAUAUUUAUUUAUUUACGUUUUAAGUUUUUUAAUGCAUUUACGGAAAAGACUCAGGAAUUUAUUAAUUUUAAAUUAUUACAGUAUACUGUCAAUCAGACCCCGGUAGUGAAGCGCGGGGCUGGUCGUGCGGUGUCGAUUGUGUAGAAGUGAACAAUAAA